GGUGCCCCGUAACAUAUGUCUUCGCAGAGUUUGCGUUAAAGCUUUACAACGCUCAUACAUGUGCCAUUGCAGAAGUCCACGCAGUCGAAACAUAUCAGAAUGGUUGUGUCGCGACGCAGCCGAACUCUGCUCGCACUUACAAUUUUACUACUGCUUUCACUAGGCUUGACGCAACCUGUGGCAGCUGGGAAAAGGAAAGCGAAACAGCGGCGAGAAACGCAUGAGGAGCAGCACCCGGAGCCUACGUUGUGGACGUAUAGCGUGGUGGCUGAGUACCCGCAUGACCAUAAGGCUUUCACGCAAGGCCUUCAGUUCGACCGGACGUGCGACAACAGUAGCAAAGUGUGCUAUGACAUCUUUUGGGAGUCCACAGGUCUCAACGGCCAGUCCUCCAUUCGGCAGGUGGACGUGAACACGGGCGAGGUGCGGCUGCGCAACGACCUGCCGUCCAACCACUUUGGCGAGGGCGUCACGCGGCUGGGCGACGACCUGUACAUGAUCACCUGGCGCACCGGGGCCGGGUUCAAGUUCAGUGCCGACAAGCUGCAGUUGACGGAGGAGAUAGACACGGGCCUGGGCGACGGCUGGGGGCUGACCACGGAUGGAGUGCACUUGAUCGUGAGCGAGAGCUCGCAGCACAUCCACUUCCUGGACCCCAAGACGCUCAGGGAGGUGCGGACAAUUACAGUUAAGGACCGGGGGAAAGAGAUUCCCUGGAUCAACGAGAUGGAGGUGAUCAACGGCGAGCUGUGGGGCAACGUCUGGCAGACCGAGUGCAUUGCGCGAGUCAACAUGACCACCGGCCGCGUGAUCGGCUGGAUCCACAUGCACGGCUUGCGCGAGGGCCUCAUCAAGCGCGGCCUGGUGGGCUCGACGAAAAUGGACGUGCUGAACGGUAUUGCGUACGACGCCACCAGCAAGCGCAUCUUCGUGACCGGCAAGCUGUGGCCGCGCGUGUUCGAGGUGGUGCCAAAGCCCUUCGAGAGCGGCGCGGCGCCAGACUGGGCCGCAGUGGCACGCCUCUGCCACCCGCGGGUGUUCGGCCUUGGGUAGAGCAGUGAAGCUUCUCCACAGCGGACAUGGACGCACGCGGCUGCUGCCACGUGUGUUGCUGUGUUGUGAGGGGGUGGUCAGAAGCAUGAGCGGUGGGCAAUAGGCUCGGUGUGCCGAGAAAUGGCUGGUCGUGCGAUCUACAACCCUACAGGUGUUGAGGUGCAGAGGUAGGUAGAAAGAGUCAAAUGAGUUCGGUGAGGGAGAUGGCCCAGAGCAAUGAGGUAGGCGGGGGACAAAUCAUGGGGAGGGACUGAGGCGUGGCCAUGCUCACUGCAGGGCGGACAACCCAGUUGUAAUUCUGGGCUGCAUGCACGGGUAGCAACUACCGUCACUGCACUAAGGGUCUGGGGCGUCAGUUGGGUAGAGCUGGAAGCAUUCAAAGCACACGUUGGCCUUUCAAUUCCCAAGUACAAGCAAGAGCAGAGGGUGGUGAGAGGCAAAGUUUCAAGUGUGAUGGCUGUAAUCCCGGCCCAUG